CGAUCACUAAGGAGUACACUAAACUGGCACAAGGAAUCUAGAGGCUUCAUGUCAGUAAUAUCAUCUUAAUCCCGGGGAUACUUCUCUGCGUCAAGAAAAGUUCUUUACUAUUUUCAACCACUAGCAGAAAUGUUAUGCUACUUUUCUCUUUUAGUUGUUGUCAGUUUUUUUGUGUCUCGAUGUGACGGUGGCUGUUCCGAGGUCGACUCAAUGACUGAAGCCGUUGCAGGAGGAGGAUUCCUGCUGGGCUGCAUCUCCUGUAAGAAACGAGAGGAGGUCUCUGCCCGAGCCACGGUAGACUGGCACUUCAAACCACUGGGAGAAGAGGAGGAGUUCAGGCAUAUUUUCCACUACGACCACCCCAGUGCCGACAUCCUCCAUGAAGAUUUUAUCAACCGCCUGGAGUGGCACGGGACAAAAACCAAAGACAUUCAAAUAGGAGCCAUUUACAUGCAUAAUGUCACCUUCAACGACACAGGGACGUACCGCUGCAGCAUCCACCGCACGCUCUUUCUGCCACUGUACAACGAGCACGUCAUUGUGGAGAAGAAGGUGGAGCUCAGUGUGGUGCGUGUAGCCAAUCGGGAGCUGACGUCGGUGAUCUCAGAGAUUAUGAUGUACGUGCUGAUCGUGGUUCUGCAGCUGUGGCUCAUCGUAGUUAUGGUCUACUGUUACAAGAAGAUUUCGGAGGAGCAUGAAGCUCGGGAGGCCCGUAAAGCUCUGAAGGCUCAGGCAGGACCGUUAGAAUCGAAAGACAACUGUGACGGGGUGCAGCUGGAGUAAAUACACUGCAGGAUCAUCUCUGCAAGAGCCAAGGUUCAUUUCUGCACCAUGACACUGCUACCAAAAAGACAGUUCCUGUAAAGGAGUUGUUGACACUCAGUCUUAUAAGCAACGUUUACUGAUACAUGAAAAAAAAAAAGGUGCAGAUGACAUUAGGCAGAGCUGAUUUUAUUUUAUAUGACUAGGAAGUUUGUGGAUUUGUAAGUUGAGCUUUUCAUGAAACGAUCUCUUCUUUUUCUCGUCGAUUAAGUUAUUAUAUAAUGCAAGAACCUUUUGUGCUGAAAAAUUACAAAUUCUAAAGUUCAGUUGAUGGAAAUUCAUUGCAGUAUGAGGUCAUAUUUUGUACUUUUUGUAAUUCUUUGAUGGAGAUUAAACACCAUAUUUUGUUAACAAGAAGGAAUGUAGAUUAAAUUCUGGCAGAGUUUUUGUAAGUGUCUGAAUUUGUGGCUGUUUCAAAGUCAUGGCUGUUAAAUUAUUUUCCGGUGAUGAACUAAUCAACAGAUUGAUGGAAGAACAGACGACUACACAAAAAACUUGAAAAAAUACAAAUACAAAAAAAUACAUGACUUGAGGAAACAUGUUGCGUAUGGAAAAGCUGAGCUUAAUGCAGCCCAGGACCUCCGUAACAACUUUUUCAUCUCUUAUAGUCACACAACUGAACAAGAGAUUCAACUUUGAGGUGAUUUUGAAAAACAAAUAAAUUCACAACUGUUCAGAAGAGGAGU